GCUCGCUGUAAGCUCACUUACGAAGCGCCUCGGCAGUCAGUCUCAACUCGCGGCUCUACCCGUGUGAUCGCGAAAUCGGAAAACGUUCGAUCGUUUGGAGUGGCAAUAUGAAUAUGGCUAUCGCGAGUGCAUAUGUUGUUGGUGGGUGUACUUGAUCCAGUUCUAAGCGGUUCCUGACCUCGUCCUCGUGCUCUCUGAUGUGAUUUACGACGUACUUACGAAACAUCCUGUGUGGAUCCGAUCUACAUAACAACCACCGUGGCUGCUGCUGGGAUUAAAUCACGCGGAUGAGGGUUUGGGGAAAAAUUUCGUAAAUUUACGAGAGCUUUGUGUGUUGUACAAAUAUAAAGUGACGUCGACGUCGAGUGAGAGGUAUAGUAACAUUCAUGUUUUUGCGUCGUUCGAAGGGAGGGGUGGAAAACGUAAGCCGUGUGCACUUCGCGACUGGGCAUGCAUCAGAGUCUUGAGGGUUCAGAAAGCAAAACAAGCAAAACAUCAUAGUGAACGUCCAGCACAUAUAUAUCAACUGUCUGAGAGAAGCGGAUUUCGAAAUGUGGAGCAAUUUCAGAGAAAACAUGGACGACUACGGUGAGUCGACGGGACUGCUGGAACAACAGGUAGCCUCCGUACGGUUACCGAUUGUGGGGAUGACUUGCCAGUCGUGCGUAAGAAAUAUCGAGGCAAACAUCGGCGGCAAACCGGGUAUCGUAAAAAUCAGUGUGAUUUUGGCGGAGAACGCCGGCUACGUAGACUACGAUCCCACAUUAACCGAUCCGGCCCAGAUUGCGACCGACAUCGACGAUAUGGGAUUCGAGUGCGUGUACAGUGAAGACCGUAAGGGAGCUAACGGCGGAACCAGUGAUGUGUUGCUAGCCCGAAUAAGCAUAGACGGAAUGACGUGCCAGUCGUGUGUGAGAAAUAUCGAAGGCAACAUGAAGGAGAAACCGGGGAUAGUAUCUAUCAAAGUUAUACUCGAGCAAAAGUUAGGAUUAGUAGAGUACGACAGGAGGAAAACAACUCCCGAGCAGAUAGCGGAUCAAAUUGACGACAUGGGCUUCGAGGCAAAGGUCGCUGCCGAGGCGGCAAGUGAAAAUCAAAAGACUGACCAAAGUGACAACAAUAAAAUGACCCGUUCGGAGCGGUUGAUCCCAAUCGAAAGGGGACUCGCUGCUUCGAACGGGAAGGCAAGUAAACAGGUCCAACUGAAGGAUAAAUUCAAACGGUGCUUCCUGCAUAUACAGGGAAUGACGUGCGCCAGCUGUGUAUCAGCCAUCGAGAAGCAUUGUAAAAAGAUUUACGGUGUGGAAUCAAUACUGAUCGCACUGCUGGCAGCGAAAGCAGAGGUAAAAUAUGAUGAUUCAUUGACUGGACCUGAAGAUAUAGCCAAAUCAAUUUCAAAUCUUGGCUUCCCAACUGAAGUAAUAGACGAACCUGGAACAGGGGAAGUCGAAGUAGACAUCGAAAUACUCGGAAUGACGUGUGGUUCCUGCGUUAAUAAAAUUGAACAAACAGUUCUUGAGAUUCCUGGCGUACUCAAAGCAUCUGUAGCGCUCACUCUGAAAAGAGGGCGGUUCACCUUUAAUAACGAAAAGACCGGUGCGAGGACGAUAUGUGAAACAAUACAAAAGCUUGGCUUCGAGGCGACUGUGCUCUCCAACAAGAACAAAAUGGCCCACAGUUAUCUCGAGCAUAAGGAAGAAAUUCGCAAGUGGCGCAAUGCGUUUCUCAUUUCCCUCGCCUUUGGGGGUCCUUGUAUGAUCGCCAUGGUCUACUUCAUGGUUCUAAUGGAAACUCACACCCACGAGGAGAUGUGUUGCGUCUUGCCGGGUCUUUCGAUGGAAAACCUCAUCAUGUUUGUCCUCUCGACGCCGGUGCAGUUUUUCGGUGGUUGGCAUUUUUACAUCCAAGCCUACCGAGCGGUCAAACAUGGUGCCAGCAAUAUGGAUGUGCUCAUAACGAUGGCCACAACGGUGAGCUAUCUGUACUCGGUUGGUGUGCUGACGGCGGCCAUGGUAAUGGAGAUGAAAACAUCGCCCCUUACGUUUUUCGAUACGCCACCAAUGUUGUUCAUAUUCAUCUCGCUCGGCCGUUGGCUGGAGCAUAUAGCGAAGGGGAAGACGUCUGAAGCACUCUCUAAACUGCUGUCGCUCAAAGCUACCGAGGCGGUUUUGGUGACGCUCGGGGAUAAUUAUGAGGUGCUGUCGGAUAAGGUGAUUCCGGUGGAUUUAGUACAGCGAGGGGAUAUUCUGAAGGUGGUUCCCGGAAGCAAGGUGCCGGUUGAUGGGAAGGUUCUCUGUGGCAAUUCGACGUGCGACGAAAGUUUAAUCACCGGCGAGUCUAUGCCGGUGCCGAAGAAAAAAGGUUCCGCCGUCAUCGGCGGAUCCAUCAAUCACAACGGUCUGUUGUUGAUGUCCGCAACACACACCGGAGAGAACACUACCUUGGCGCAGAUAGUGAAACUGGUCGAGGAGGCACAAACCUCGAAGGCCCCGAUUCAGCAGCUGGCGGAUAAAAUUGCCGGCUACUUUGUGCCCUUCGUGGUGACCGUUUCGGUCAUCACGCUUCUCGGAUGGACCAUCAGUGGUUUCAUCGAUAUCAAACACAUUCCCAUGUCGGAUGCCGCCAAAGAGGGACUGAACAAUGAGGAAGUGAUCUUCAGCUAUGCCUUCCGUUGUGCGCUAAGUGUGCUGGCGAUAGCAUGCCCGUGCGCUCUGGGACUUGCCACACCAACGGCAGUAAUGGUUUCCACUGGGGUUGGUGCUUUGCACGGUAUACUGGUCAAGGGUGCUGGCCCACUGGAAAAUGCUCACAAAGUGAAAACGAUCGUGUUCGAUAAGACUGGAACCAUUACGUACGGGAUGCCGAUGACAUCGAGGAUAUGCAUGUUUGUAAAACCGCAGGUGUGUUCAUUCGCUCGAGCAUUGAGCAUCAUUGGAUCGGCAGAGGUUAAUAGCGAGCACCCGCUCGCCUCCGCGGUGGUGAAAUUCGUCAAGGAUACCAUGGAAGUGGAAUCGUUUGCUAAGUGUUCAAACUUCAUCGCCGUUCCGGGGUGUGGCAUUCGUUGUGUUAUCUCCAACAUUAACGCCAUUCUCAAUCAAGGCUUACGCUCCGAGAAGAUGAAAAAUUUUGAAAACUCAUACAAAAGUGAUUCAAGUGCGGUUAGCUUCGUGAACGGUUCGGUUGUGGAGGAGUUGAUACCCCAGUUGAGUCCAUCGCAGAAGAAUACAAUAGAAUUGCAGCAGCUGCUGCAGCUAGGGACCAUCGAAGGCGAUGACAAUGUGGAAGCGUUUUCCCAGGUAAAUGAGUAUAACGUUCUCAUCGGCAACCGGGAAUGGAUGAAUCGGAAUGCGAUAAUUGUCCCACCGGAGAUCAACAUCAAAAUGACUGAGGAAGAGCAGAUGGGUCACACGGCCAUCCUGUGCGCUAUAAACAAUCAACUUAUCUGUAUGGUAUCGGUGGCCGAUAUGGUUAAGCCCGAAGCGCAUCUGGCAGUCUAUACGCUGAAGAAGAUGGGUAUCGAAGUCAUUCUGUUGACAGGGGACAAUAAAAACACCGCUGGUAAUAUUGCUCGCCAGGUGGGCAUCAACCGGGUGUUUGCGGAGGUACUUCCAUCGCACAAAGUGGCGAAGAUUCAACGGAUACAGGAGAAUGGGAUGCGCGUGGCAAUGGUGGGCGAUGGCGUGAACGACAGUCCAGCGCUGGCACAAGCGGACGUUGGAAUAUCGAUUGCGUCCGGGACGGACGUAGCUGCAGAGGCUGCCGAUGUUGUGCUGAUGAGGAACGACCUGCUAGAUGUUGUGGCGUGUCUAGAUCUAUCCCGGAAGACUGUCCGUAAAAUACAUUUAAACUUCCUGUUUGCAAGUAUGUACAAUUUGCUGGGAAUUCCGCUAGCUGCUGGUAUUUUCACCCCGUUCGGGUUCAUCCUGGAGCCUUGGAUGGCAUCGGCCGCGAUGGCUCUCAGCUCGGUAUCGGUCGUAUGUUCCUCACUGAUGCUCAAGUUGUACCGGAAACCUACGAAAGCAUCCCUCCAGACGCCCGAGUAUAUGUCGCUGGUCGAGGCCGGAGCUUUACUGGAUCCAGAGUCGAUCUCCAUACACCGUGGGUUGGAUGAUAUACCGCGACCUAAUUUCAGUCGCUCUACCAGCUCGACAUUAGCCAAAUUAUUCGGUCGUAGCAGCAAAAGCGGCACCAUGGAUGUUCGCCUGCUUGCGUCGAGCCUCGCAAUGGCAGACGACGAUGAGUUCCACGUGGGAAUCGUGAAAUCCGUCAACAGUGGCAUUUACAAAGACUCGACCGAACUGGAUAAACUUUAAGUCGAAUGGCAUAAUACUGUUUACUUACUACCGUAACUCGUCACCAUCCAGAGUAGAAUAGGAGCUGUUCCAUAUUAGUGUUCUCUUUCAUGUUCAGUUCUACAUCGUUUAUUCGGCGUUAAAUUAAACAGCCAUAAUGCCGAAUAAAUGCUUACGAUAAUUAUACUCAUCGAAGUUUUUAUUCUGUUUUUUUGUCAUCUUCCAUAGCGUUGUUUGUCUAUCAGUGAAUUUGUGAUAUAUUUUGCAUUGUUUACGCCUGUUGAUUUAUUUUAUUAAGUCGGACUUUCAGUGAAAAAUGUUUUAUGUACUUAUCAUAGGCACAAAUGUAUCCAGUUGAAAAGUACCGUCGUAUGAAAGGAAAGAUAUCUAAAGUAGGAUGCGAAUAAAGAUUUUUAUAAAUAA